CAACCCUUGGCAAAUUCUGCUUGCUCACUAAUCCCACCAUGUCCUCCAAUAGUGAUCAGGAAACUCAUGCUACUGAAGCUCCUUUGAGGGAAUCACGCCAUUUGCAAAACCAGAUGAAUCAAGGUGAUGUAUCUGAUAACGACACCCAAGUGCUAAAGGAGAGGCUAAAAGUAGCUGAAAAGAUGUUGAGACUCAGGGAGGAUCAGGUCAUAGCACGAGAGGAAGGUCUGACAACGAUUGAAGAGGGUCUGAGGCUGCGUAAAGAAGAUUUAAAGUUUCGGGAAGAGGAUCUGAACAUUCGAGAAGAAGAAUUGAAGGUACGAGAAGAUCGUUUACUCAUGCGAGAGCAGGAACUUGAAGAAAGGAGUCGCAUUGUAUGAAAGCGGCGAGCACAGUUCUAGAAAUACAUGAUGCUUCGUCGAACUCAAAUGCAAGCUUCUAUCCGGGCCGUCAUAUAUCAUAUUUGCAAUUAACCACUGCAUUGUCAACGACUGUGAGCCACCUGGGUUUACUCUGAUCUUUCCAUCUCGGAGAGCAAGCCGAUCCAAUCGAUGUCGCUCCUCAACAUACUACCGUUGAAUACAUUUCAUUGUGAUCACUGGACAGAACCAAUGACGCAGAUGAUGGCAAUUGCCGAUUCACGUGGAAUGGCGCAUGACCUCAACGAGGCCACUAUUGAAAGGCCUCGAGGCGAAUGAACGUGGCAAGCACCUCCGAGAAGCAUAG